CUAAAACUCAUUCCACACUUUUGCCAAGCUUGUCUCAACAAAGUUUAGUUCGCUGAAUUUACAUAAAUAUAUGCAUUAAUUUGCAUUUAAUAAAACAAAGUAUUUUCAUUCGUUGAAAAAAUUGAAAAAUGGCGCUUUCCUGCCCCCUCCCACCCGGCGGAUGGACCACCCACUUCAACUCAAUUCCCGAUUUCUGCUGUGCCAAGCGUGCCUUUGACGAGAGGGGGGUGCGAAAUCUGAUUGAUGAAUUUAAGCGAAUCUUCCUCGAUCACGACGUGCAGGAGGAGUACGGUUUAAUCAUGAACCAUCGCCACUUUCUACUCGAAGAGAACGAAAUCCUCGUGGAAACUUUGAAGCAGGAUGGAAACAUUAGUGUCGCGUUUCCUUGGAGGGUCAAAGACGGUGAAGCCCACCCAACCCCGAAUUCAGAAUGGGAUCAAUAUAACUUAACAAGAAAAGAGUUCAUCAUCCCACAAACGUGGAAAUUCGAUCAGCACGGGAGCCUAAUUCCGUACGAAUUUUUAGCGUCCGAUUCCCCUCAACCCGAACCAAGUCGACCAUUUGUGGCUGUAUUGUUUGAAGUAAUGCGGCAACACGGGGUUCAGGACGCGUUGGGACUUCGUCGUCUCGAUGGCGACAGAAACGGGGAAGCGUUUGAAGUGACCCCGGAAGGACGUCGAGUCAGCGUCACCACGAUGGGAAGCAAACCUGAUAAUAUUUCCGGCACGGUGGGCAAAGUCUUGUGGUAUUUUACAAAAGAUGGAAAUACAGAGGAAGCAAUGGCGUGUACCAGAUGUGGACAGUGUGUUGUAUGCUGUGUUAUUAUGUAAAUAUGUUGUAUAUUUAUAAGUCACAUACAUAUACAUAUUUUAUGUGUAUUUACAAACGUGUGUACAAGUAUGCAAGAGGAAAAUAAAUUUGAAAGGAAAUUUUCCUAUGUGUAAAUUUAUCGUAAAGUAACCAUUUAAUAAUUGACACACGUUUGGAAAUUUAAAAUAAUUGAUGAAAUAAUGUGUUCUAAAUUCUAAACUGAUUUAUGCAUGUGAUUUUUAUAAAAAUAGAUUCCCUAAAUUCUUCAAAUUAUUGACGAAAACGAUGAUAUUUGGGGUAAUUAUGAAUACAAAAUAAUUAUGGAUCAUCACAUGAAAUACUAGCGUUUGAAUGAUAUCUACACAUUUCUACUGUUUAAUAUAGGCUUUCAAUUGCGCAAACUAUUUAUGAAUGGUUGAAUAAAAUAAUUACCGGUCUAGUUAG